UCGAGGUCUACAUCGUCGGGGGCUUUCUGGACAGAAGAGGUUACUCCGAGACGCUGGCCAAUCAGCUGCUUUAUGCCUUUCAUAAGCAGCCUGUGAAUCUGCAUCUUGUGACAGCUUGCAUCUGUGAGCUGAACAAUGUGCUUCGUGGGAAUCUCAACUGGCCUACCAUCUACGGCAUCGGGGUGAACAUCAAGAGUGGGGAGAUCUUCCCUGCCACUUUCCCGGACAAAGGACCGGAACUUCCCCUGCGCUCGGCGAGGCACUUCACGGGGUGCCAUGAGAUGAGCGACAUCUACGACUGCUCCCUGGGCAUGAUGCGCAUUGGUCCUUUCAACUACGAGCCCAUGAGGGGCGUUGACCUCUGGCUGUCUCAGAACGACGACUUUAUCCUCCAGCAUCUUUCGACGUCUCCGGAGGUGGAGUCUCCGAUGUUCGUGAUGCAAGCCCGCGCGACGCUCAAAUACAUCCAGCAGCAUCCCUUCCCGGGGGUCACGGUGUUCCCGGACAACCGGCCCCACUACUUCCGCAAGGACGAAGGUGGAGCUUGGAUCCCCUUCUGCUACUGAGGGCCGCCCGCCGGCGACGAGUCGUCUGUUUCGACGUGAAAGACGGUUUGGGCGAGGGUUCCCGGAACGUGGCUCCGACCGAUUGACCAGCUUACUGCGUCCGCAUCCGUGGUUCCCGGUUCCCGCCCGGUGGCGCCACAGUUUCGUGCCCGGCGCGAUUCUGGAAUUGGUACAGCAAUGAAGGUAGAUCUGCCGGAUGCCCGUUCUGUUGUGGCUCACCCUCUAGCUUGAUGCAACUUGGGCGGCCAGGAAUUGGGAUUCGGCAGCGACGCGGCACUUUCGUUUGCUCACCUCUCUCGUCGGAGCUUUUACGGCCAACCCCUGGAAUCUCUAUUUUAAACAGCGCAACGUGCCGGCUCCCGUGACGUAACUCGUUGCAACUUCGGAACCGCUUUUGAAGCGUGGGCAGUAUUGUAUGCUGGCAGUGGCGAGCUGAGACGUGUUCCGGGCACCUUGAACGGGACAAGCGACAAGUUUGUGCAAUCGACUCUAGACUCCACAUUCCCUGUUCGCGCGGAUCUCUAGGACUUGAUCGUUUGGAGAGAGGAAUUCAGCUCAGUUGACGAAUAGUUUGUCCUUGGCACUUCGUCAAUGGAAAACCCUCCCCACUGAGAAAAUUUCUUCACCUCCUUUAUAGUCGCCGACAUCUUAAGAAAUGCGGGGCACGGCGAGUCCGGAUCAUCUUAUUAUCUCCUUCGCAGCCAACGAAAUUGCGGCAUUAGGUUAAAGAAUGGUCACUGCGCGUCACAUUUACGUUGGUUUUCUGGAACCUUCUUUUUUUCGACCCCUUUUCUGACCAGAAAGUGGUAACCUUUUUUUUUUGUUGAGGUAUUCGUGAAUGUGAGAUUAGUCUCCGGAUGUUAAGGAAUCGGUAUUAGAGGCAGAGUUGGCAUCUUCACUUGCUAGGUGCUUGCGUCGUAAAAUCCCAUCUGGUUUUCUGGUGUUGUAUUGUAUUUUGUGAUCAAGUAAUUACUUGCACGACCCUCAGUUGGUGAAUACACAGGGAAUCAGGAUGUCCUUUCAGGCACUGGUGCCACCCUUAUUAGUGCAUCUUAUUCAGCAAGCAGAUGGAGAAGAAACGUAUUGCCGCGUCUUCUGGAGAAAAAAAAAAAAAAAAGAAAGGUUAUUUUGCUGCGGGCUUUGUUUGCUUAUAAUGUACACUAGAUAUGGUGCUUUUUGCCAUAGUAUCUGGUGCUGGGAAUUCUGCAUUUGUUAAAGCACAGGCACCCUCAAACCUUAAAGUCUAUGAAACAUGAAUUCAGAGAAAAUGGGGAGUUUAAGAAAGUGCCUUUUCGUUGUUGUUCUGUGUGUACAAACUUGUAGCGCUACGUGAAAUGUAAAAAUUGUGCAGCUUUUUCUGCACCUAGCUCUGGGGAAGUUGAUGCAAACAUCUUGACAGAGCGAAGGAACGCCGUACGAGGAAGCGCCUAUUUUUCUAGUAAUGGUAAGGAGACAUCCGAAAGCUGGAUGUAAUAUUUUAAUACUCGAAAGGACCGAUUGUUGGUCGUCUGUCAUUCAAACAUGUGCAGCUUUUGGCAACAUUGUUCACAGUUCCUCUUGCAAAGGAGCACGUUUGUAUUGUUGAUUGCGUCGCAGCCGAGCGGUGUUAUGCCUCCAACAUUGUUUAAAACCACAUAAAGUAUUCCAUUUAUUGCUUAGCACUGUGAAGACUAUCUGUUGUUAACCUAACUUUUACAUUGCAAGUGUUUGUUUCUUUGUUCACAUGGGCUGCUAAGGUUUGCCUGUUAUAAAGGUGUCGGGGUCUCACACAAUUAUGUGUAUCUCGCAAUGUUUUUCCUCGUGCCUGUUGUAAGACUUCAUCUCCACAAGGUGCUAGCUAAAUGUGGCAGUAAAGAAGUUGCAUGCAAUGUUUCUUUUUUCAUCAUGCAACUGCAAUUGCAAGCUGUAAGAUCUUUACAUUCUUUCUGCUUCAAGGGCUACACCUUCAAUGCCCACAGUUUUGCAGUUUUUGAAGGUGCUAUGUUAGCAGGCGCCUUUUGGGUAGGCGACUAUAUCAUUGCUCAUUUGCAUCUUUAUUUUAAAUAUUUUAUUUUCUCGGUGCUGUUGGUGCAAUGUCAAACGUUUGCCAUGUGUAAUCUCUGUAGCAUCCUGGGGUUCAAAACCAUUAAAGUCCACAUUAUUUCUGUACA